GGGAAAAGCAAGGUUCGUUUCCGAGUUAGCAACCUGUAAAUACAGGAUUAGUGGGUGGGAUUGAGGUGUGCUCUGGUGCAUAAAUAGAGGCUCAGCAGUGCGGGCACACUCAGAAGCUUGGACCGCAUCCUGGCCGCCGGCUCACACAAGCAGAUUUACCAUGGAGAAAAUUUCAGUGUCAGCGUUUUUGCUCUUUGUGGCUCUCUCUUACACUCUGGCCAAAGAUACCACAGUCAAGCCUGGAGCUAAAAAGGACACAAAGGACUCGCAACCCAAACUGCCCCAGACCCUCUCCAGAGGUUGGGGUGAUCAACUCAUCUGGACUCAGACAUAUGAGGAAGCUUUAUACAAAUCCAAGACAAGCAACAAACCCUUGAUGAUUAUUCACCACUUGGACGAAUGCCCACACAGUCAAGCUUUAAAGAAAGUGUUUGCUGAAAAUAAAGAAAUCCAGAAGUUGGCAGAGCAGUUUGUCCUCCUCAAUCUAGUUUAUGAGACAACAGACAAACACCUUUCUCCUGAUGGCCAGUAUGUCCCCAGAAUCAUGUUUGUUGACCCAUCCCUGACAGUCAGAGCUGACAUCACUGGAAGAUACUCAAAUCGCCUCUAUGCUUAUGAGCCUUCAGACACAGCUCUGUUGCUUGACAACAUGAAGAAAGCUCUCAAGUUGCUGAAGACAGAAUUGUAAAGAAAACAAAACCACAAGCCCCUCCCUCUGUGGUAGGCCUUCAGAUUUGAAACCAGGAGAGAUUCUAGAAGACUGGAGAAUGCAGAAGCACUGGUGGUCAUACUAACUAGGUUAUGGUCUAAUGUUACAACAACUUUUUUUUUUAAAUUUGGUUUAAGGAAUGUGUACUUGAAAACGUUAGUGUAUACUACCAUAGUGAGCCAUGAUUUUCUAAGAAAUAAAUCCUUUUGGAGGUGU